AUGGAGCUCUGCACUGUCACUACCGUCACUCCUCUACCUCCGAGCGCCAACCGCCGUGGAUAUGUGGCGGGAAACGCUGUUCACAGAAUCUCGCUCCCUCUCCAGCGAAACGCUGCAUCUCUCGGCACUUUACGGUGUACUGGAAAGUUCCCAGGAGAAACAGUCUCUGAAGAAAAUGCAACUGGAGUCAAUGAGUUUGGUGUUGAGAAGCGUGAUGGGGAUGUAGCUGCAGGCGAAGAGGAAAACUUGACCAGUGAAGCUCAAACUGAAGACGAGCAAACACAGGCCCUCGAGUUCUUGAACGAUAUAAAGGGAAUGUUAGUGAAAGCGUUUCAUUUUCUUUUGCAAAUGGAGCUAGACUCAGACAACACAUAUUCAAUCCUGCUGUACGGGAGUGGUGCAGUAGUUGCUCUCUACUUAACUUCUGCAAUCGUUGGUUCACUCGAAUCAAUUCCUUUGUUUCCUAAGCUGAUGGAAGUGGUUGGUCUUGGAUACACGCUCUGGUUCACUACCCGUUACUUGCUAUUUAAGAGGAACAGAGAAGAACUGAAGACUAAGAUUAGUGAAAUAAAAAAGCAGGUUCUUGGCGCCGAUAAUGAUUUUGAGUAG